GCAGCGUGGCUGGCCCAGAACCUAUCCAAUCGCCCAUCAUAGUGGGAUGUCACUUCACAGAGCAACCGUCCAAAAUUCAACUUUCAGCAAAUAAAUCAUUUUUAAACUCCAAGGAGGAAAAGAUCAUGAAAAUAAGCAUGUUAUUGUAGCAGAAAGUCAUGGCUCAGAGUCAAGCCUUGCUGGCUGUUCAUCAAGUUCUGGAGAAAUGUUUCCACGUUAUUGAGCAGCAACAAAAUUUGUGGGAAAGUACACUGACGGAAUGUAUCCCAAUCCUGAGUUCGCUGAGUAACUUGGCAGAGCAACUGCAAGCGUGCAACAAAGUUGUGUUUAUGAAUACCCCCUUUCGAGUGUUCCCUGAUUUACAAUGCCGUCUGAAAUACAAACUCACUCAGGCUAUCGAAAUCAAUUUGGAAAACCUUGGUGAGAAAAUGAGUGCCUUGAAAAAGGUGCGGGACACAGUGACUAACCAAGUGACAGCAUGCUUCCAAAUGUAUGAGAAACAGGCUAACACCAUUGGGUUGACUGCCGUUCUAGAGCGCACAUGUCUCUGUCCUUCUGCAGCAGAUAUGCUGGAGUGGCUUCAGGAUGUCCAGCGGUUUUACAGAAGGCAAUAUCUGUCCAGAAAACUCUUACUUCACAAUAUUGGUCCUGCUAAUCUACCAAAUCUUCAGGCUCUCCCUCAAUCCUGGAGCAGUGUGUCGGAGCAGGUGGAUCAGGACUUGGUUCCAGAUACUUUACUGAAAGUGACAUACUUCAUGGAAAUUUGCCACAGCUCCUUGAAUGGCCCUUCACUGGAACUGUCAGGAGUUUGAUUUCUACUUGAAGCUAUUUGAUCUGAUGAAAGUGGUGGUUCACUACAUCCUGAUGUGGAAUGUAGUUCAGGGGUAAAAUCACCUACCCCUUGCAUACUACGAAUGCAGCCUAACUAGGUCUCAAGUGUAGACUAAUUGGUAUUUCUACUUCAUUUUUAUUUAGAUGCAUCCUUUUUGAACUAAAGUGCAGAUGCAGUCCUGUUCUAACGUUGGAGCUGCAGCAAAAAUCUGUCCAUGGUUUCCAACUGGAAGUUUUGUAUUUCAGUCAUACACUUCCACAGAAAGUGAGUGAAUAAUAGAAUGGGAAAUUAUCUCACGUACUGCUACUUUCAAAAUAAAGAGUUGGUGACUGCGUUUCCACAUCUUGCAAAGGCCCAGGAGUUUCUGGUGGAGUAGGGAAUGCAGGUGGGAAGGAAGGGGAAGAGUGAGUGGGGUGAAGGGGAGGGAGUGUUAAGGUCAAGUUGGACUGGAACACUUGACUGUUGCUUGAGACACUGACUCAUUCAGAAAUAUGCUGUGGACGUUGGCUUUGUUAAUGGUGCAUACAGCUGAGGCACCCACCUGAGGAGAAGUGAAUGUCUCCGAUGUGGCAUGUUACCACAGUAUAAAGGGAUCCUGGUAGCCUGAGAUUCUGUUUCUUUAUGGCACCAAUUUUGACAGUGCAACUGUUUGGUUUCUGGUGGGUUGGGUGGGGCUGCAAAGGGAGAGAAUCCUCUGUGGCUUCAGACCCUGAAGCACCCCCUCCCCAAGACAUCUUCAGUCCUAACCGUCACCACCACCACCAUCGCAACUUGGAAAACCUGACCUUAGACAAUUGGAGGCAGGGCCUCUCACCUGCUGGAGAUGACCAGUACAACAUGAAUUUCACAGAAAUUCUUAUGUAGUGCAGGAUACCUGCAAUUCAAUUAAGAGCUUUGAACAGCUUUGCAAGCUAGUCCUGCAGUAAAAUAAACUAAUUUAUGGCUGAAAA